AUGACAAUAUUAAGACAGAAAUCAGGAAGAGCAAAGCAAAUUCCUGGGAAGGAACUAUAUAGGAAAAACUUUCUGUUAGCGGCUGCAGAAGAUGAAGCCACGGUGCCACCCGGAGUAGAUGAGCCAGAAGUGGAACCGAAAUCAGUGUCUAUUCGUAAACUGCGCAUAGAGGACUUGAAUUUAGAAUGUGAAUGGCAAUCCUGUCGAUGGAAGUUUUCCGACUAUGAAUUGUUCCAGAGUCAUGUCAAUGGUCAUAUUUCUGAUAUUCAUGUCAUUAAAACUGAUGAUAAAGCUGAUGCAGAAUAUGUCUGUCUCUGGGACGUGUGCGGCCACAAAACGACGAACUAUUGCGAGAUGAUCCGCCACAUAAACUACCACUCUUAUCAUGCAAAACUCCUGGCUAUCGGUUACAACGGAAGGGCAACACUCGACCUGGCGCGAUGUAAAAAGGACUCUACCAAACGCAAUCAAUUGCCAAAAUUCAUAAGCGAGCAUACCUGCCUAUGGGUAGGAUGCACAUGCAAGUUCGAUUCCAUGCAGACGUUCGUGGACCACGUGCGGCUGCACGUGGGCGGCGAGCCGGCGCUCUGCUCGUGGGCGGGCUGCGGCGCGACGUUCCCGCGCCGCUCGCUGCUCGCGGCGCACGUGCGCUCGCACACCGGCGAGCGGCUCAUCGCGUGCUACCACUGCGGCGCGCACUUCGCGAGCAACAGAAAGCUGCGCGACCACCUGCGCCGCCAGAACGUGAACCCGCAAUCGAGCUACAACUGCUCGUUCUGCGGGCUGGCAUGCGCCACAGAGUACCUAGAGAAGGAGCACUCGCGCCAGCACGUGUCGCUGUACGCGUGCUCUUUAUGCGACAUGUCGGCGCCCAGUCUGGCCGCGCUGGCGCAGCACGUGCGCUACCGCCAUCUAGGCAAGGAGGCGGCGCGCACCCACGCCUGCCCGCACUGCCCCUACAGGGCGGUGACGAAAUGCGACCUGCGCAAACACAUUCCGACGCACACGCGGAAGAGGCGGCGCAAAGUGAAGGACGAGGGGGGCAGCGAUAGGGAGGGGGACGGGAGCGAUUCUGGCCCCUCAGACGAGGAGUCUUGUGAUCCCAGGAAGAAGCCCAGGACGCCGCGGAAGUACGCGUGCCACGUUUGCCCGGACAAGGAGGCCAAGGUGUUCUCGAGGGGCACCAGGCUUACCACGCACCUGGUCAAAGUGCACGGCGCCCAAUGGCCCUUCGGACACAGUCGCUUCAGGUAUCAACUGAGCGAGGACGGGAUGUACCGUCUGACGACCACCAGGAUCGAGGAGAUCGAGGUCUCCAAGAAGAUAGUGGGCGGCUACAGCGGGCCGAAGCGCUCGCUGGGCAACACCUUCGACUUCGAGCUGAAGCAGGUGGCGGAAGCGACAGAGACCUCGCCCACCCACUUUUCGGUCAAGCUGAAGGGAGAAUCGCGGGACGUCGACGACGAAAAGGUCGAGAUAACCAUGUGCGACGUGGACGAGGAUGGGAACAUAAUCAGCGCGAAGGUCAUAGAGUCGGACUUUGUCUAUGCC